AACCCAGACUCGCAACACGAUCCCUUUCACUCCCACCCAGUACAGUUUUUAUACACAUUCAAACGCCCCCUUUAAAUCAGGGUUUAUGAGGAAGUGCAUUUUAGGCGGGGAGAGCCACGCCUUCAUGGCGACCCGAACCGCUUCGGCUUCCUGUGCUGUAUAAAUGCUGCUCGGAGAGUUGGGUUCGGUUGGGUGUGGGGUCGCAGCGGGAAAUGGGGGAGAUCAGGCUGCCCAGGCAUAUGUUCCUAUGGAGCAUGUCGCUCAUUUAUUUGUUCGCCUUCACGUCGUUUUACGUCCAGAUCCCAGGACUCUAUGGAAAUGAAGGAAUCCUGGAUGCUGGCUGGCUGAUGCGGUCCCCCGGGCGGCCCCUACUGGAACAGCUGUGGGACUCCCCCACCCUGCUGUGGCUGGCCCCCCACCUGGGCCUGGACACCUCACAGAUGAUGGAGCUGAUUAGCCUGCUGGGGGCGCUGCUGUCCUUCGGAGCGCUGGUGCUGGAGCCCCUGAGGGACAGCCUGAUCUUCUUCCUGCUGUGGUUCUUCUACCUCUCCCUCUUCCAGGUUGCGAAGGUGUUUCUGUACUUCCAGUGGGAUAGCCUCCUGCUGGAGACGGGCUUCCUCGCGGUCCUGGUGGCUCCGCUGAAGCUCUUCCGGGGGAAGUCCUCCUCCUGCUACCACGACGGCAUGACCUUCUGGCUUCUCCGCUGGCUGCUCUUCCGGCUGACGUUUGCCUCCGGCGUGGUCAAGCUCACCAGCCGCUGCCCGACCUGGUGGGGCCUCACAGCCUUGACGUACCACUAUGAAACGCAGUGCCUUCCCACGCCCCUGGCCUGGUAUGCCCACCAGCUCCCUGUCUGGUUCCACAAGCUCAGUGUCGUUGGCCUCUUCGUCAUCGAGAUGGCCACCCCCUUCCUCUUCUUUGCCCCUAUCAGGUGUUUGAGGCUCACCUCUUUCUACCUGCAGGUCUUGCUCCAGGUGUUCAUCAUACUGUCAGGAAACUACAGCUUCUUCAACCUCCUCACCAUCGCCUUGUGCUUCUCUCUCCUGGAUGAUGACCAGAUGAACUCUUGGCUCGGGCGCUACAGGAAGAAGAGUCGUGAGAAAACUUGGCCUCAAGCCUUAAUCUCUUGGACAGCAUUCAUGAUUGAACUAGCCAUGUAUGUGCUGAUAAUCUACUGUACCAGGUUGUAUUUUGAGCUGGAAGUUAACUGGGAGACAAAGAGCGUGUCUUCAAGAACAGCAUUUACCUACGAUCAGUUCCAUCAUUUUUUGAAUAAGAUCACAGUUUCUACCAUUUGGAUUGGAGUUCUCUCUCUCACCUGGGAGGUCAUCACGGCCAUGUUCAGGUGUGCCUGUGUGCGGGGACUUUGGAAGCUCCUGGUCACCAUCCAGUGGGCCAUUUUUGCCACAGUGGCAGCUUUCAUGCUCACCAUUAGCCUGGUCCCCUACACUACCAUUCACCACGAGACUCACCGCAGUAUCUGGCCAGGCGUGCAGAAGCUGUACGACGUGGUGGAUCGCUACCAGCUGGUGAGCUCCUACGGGCUCUUCAGGACGAUGACCGGGGUUGGCGGGCGACCAGAGGUGGUGAUCGAGGGCAGCAUGGACAAGAAGACCUGGACGGAAAUCGAGUUCAUGUACAAGCCUGGGAAUGAGAGCACCCCCCUACCCGUGGUGGUCCCUCACCAACCGCGGCUGGACUGGCAGAUGUGGUUUGCUGCCCAGGGCCCCUACAGUCAGAGCCCCUGGUUCGUCAGUUUGGUUCACCAGCUGCUGCAAGGAAGCAGGAGCGUGAUCAAGCUCAUCCAGGUGGACGAGUCCCGGUACCCAUUCAGCCAGCAGCCUCCAGCAUUCAUCCGCGCCCGACUCUACAAAUACUGGUUCACGAAGACCAGUGAAAACGGGACUUCCCCGCAGCGGUGGUGGCGGAGGCGCUACGUUGGCGAGUUCUUCCCUGCCGUGUGCCUGGGGGACCCAGCCUUGGAGAACCUGCUGAGCCAGUUUGACCUCAAGGACAAGGAUCCAGACCUGAGCAGUCCGGAAGGCCCAGUCCCUGGAGCCCUACAGGUGCUGCGGAGCUGCGUCGGGCCCCUUUCUGGCCCCUUGGUGCUUUGGUCCCUCUUCGCCACAUGGGCCGCCAUCUCCCUUAUGAAGAUAUUCUGCUCUCCCAGAACCAGUCGCCCCAGAGUUGCUUCCACAGAGUCUAGGAGCGCAAAGGCUUCCCAAGAGAAAAGGGACCAGAGCAGGAAGACGGAGGAGUCUGUGGCCAGCCAGGCAGAGAGAUUGGAUUCUGACAGAGUCCCGAAGAAGAGGAAGUGAUGUCAUCCCUCUUCCCUCCCCCUGCUUCGCCAUGAUUCCUGAACUUGAGAAGCACAUAACCCAGUCUAAUCUUGGUAUGUUGCCUGUUGUCAAAACUGCCUUAUGUCUCCUUGAAGGAUUUGUGUGUCCUGCUUGGUUUUGAGUAAGUAUUUUCCUAUGUUAUACUGAGGAGAAACCCGUGUGUUUGUAGUUCAGAGCAUUUUGGCCAUGAAGGUGGUUUUUAGCCUGUCCCCCCCCCCCGUACCCUGUGUGAGGGAAGCUCUCUGCAGUGCUCUGUGUGUUGUCCUGUCAGGCUCUCGGGCAGAUCGCUCGCCAUUUCCUCGUUCUGAAAGCAUUCCCCUUCGCUUCCUCCAUGUACUGAUCUUUGCAUGCUUGCCUGUAGCUGGCUGAUUGGGAAACCACAACAAUAACGCCACAUCCUGCAGGCCAUCAACAGCUUUUCUCACCCUGUGCUGUAAUAUGAUUUAUUUUGCGUUUCAGUUCCAAGUGCAAACCACCUCAGGUAUUAAGCCCACCCUUUAUGUAAUGAAGUAUUUACUAAUUGGUGUUCAAAUGAAGUAUAAUUUAAACCUGUAA